AUGACUUUCAACGACACUCAUGCGGGAUCACUAGGAGUGCUGGAGAAUGCGAACCAACAACUUUGGAUCGGUUGUCGCCCUCGCUUCUCAACUUUGGCUGAGCUUGGCUGGACGGAUGAUCCCGACUGGGACGUACGCCAGGUCGUCAAGUUAACUUCGAACUGUACCGCCCAGGCACCAGCGACGAGCAAAAAAGUCCAGGACGCCAGUGGCUUCCCGACUCGGCUCAAGAUAAUUCGGCAGCCGUCAAAGCUGGUACCACCGUGA